UUCAAUUCACUCUCAAUGGCAUCCUCAUCAUCAUCAUCAAAGAAGAUCACUCUAAAGAGUUCCGACGGCGAGGCUUUCGAGCUUGACGAGGUGGUGGCGCUGGAGUCUGAGACCAUCAAGCACAUGGUGGAGGACAAUUGUGCCGACACCGCCAUCCCUCUUCCAAACGUGACCAGUAAGACUCUCGCUCUGGUGAUUGAGUACUGCAAGAAGCAUGUUGAGGCUGCUUCCGGUUCCGGCGAGAAGCCGGUUACUAAAGAGGAACUCAAGGAAUGGGACGCUGAGUUCGCCAAGGGUCAUGACCAGGCUACCCUCUUUGACCUCAUCCUGGCAUCAAACUACUUGAACAUCAAGAGUCUUUUGGACCUUACUUGCCAAGCUGUGGCUGACAUUAUCGAGAAAAAGAGUCCGGAGCAGGUUCGCGAGAUCUUUAACAUCAAGAAUGAUUACACCCCGGAGGAAGAGGAACAAGUUCGCAAGGAAAACGAGUGGGCUUUUGAAUGAUUUAAGCUUAUUUGCUAUGUGUUUUCACUUUUCAUGCUAUAGUAGUUGCUAGGUUA